UCUAUGUAUCUAGCCAUGGGCUGGGCUUCAGAACAAAGAGAAAGUCAGGGGCUCUCUCACGGUUAUGGUCAUUUUCCGCUGUUCAGUGUCACUUCACUCCCCAGACGAGCGAGCUCUAGGGCAAGAUCGAUGAGCAGCCACCGCCGCCGCCACGACCACCACGUCCGCUCGCCGGCGACCGGGCCACUGGACGACGACGACAUCCUCCGCGAGAUCCUCGUCCGUCUCCCACCGCAGCCCUCCUCCCUCCCCCGCGCAUCCGCCGUCUGCAAGCGCUGGCGCAGCCUCAUCUCCGACCCCGGCUUCUUCCGCCGCUUCCGCCUCCGCCACCGGCGCAACCCGCCCCUCCUCGGUUUCUUCGACAGGUAUGCCGGCCUGUCCUUCCUACCUACUCUGGAGGCCCCCAACCGUGUCCCUCCCGGGCGCUUCUCUCUGGAGCACGACGACGACUUCGAGCGCUCCAUGUCCCUUGGAUGUCGCCAUGGUCUCUUCCUCAUCUUCCUUUCGAAGCCACGCCAGGUCCUGGUGUGGGACCCCAUCACCGGUGACAAGCACAACAUUGCCAUUCCCGCGGCGUUCGAUACAAAGAAAACCAUGGGCCUGGUCAAUGGGGCGGUGCUUCGCCCUGCUGGAGAGGGCCAGCACUUUCAGGUGGUCUUGGCAGCUGCAGACAAGAAACAACAAGCGCUCGCCUGCGUUUACUCGUCAAAGACAGGCCUAUGGGGAAAUCCCAUCUCAACACCGCUUCCAUACAAGGCUAAUCAGAGCCAUAUUCCCACCAUGGUUCAUGCGGUAGACGCUGUGCUGUCUGGAGAUUCCCUUUACUGGAUGUUUACUGGAAAUUUAGUUGGAAUUCUUGAAUUUGACUUGGUGAAGCAGAGCCUAGCUGUGAUACAUCUGCCAGUAGAUAUUUGUCUCCAGGGCAGCUGCUUCAGGAUGAUGCGGGCAGAGGGUGGUGGGUUGGGUUUCCUCUUCGUGCAAGCGGCAGAUCACACGGCUCAGUUAUGGCAGAGGAAGACUGAUUGUGAUGGUGUUUCUUCAUGGAAGCUUGGAAGAACUAUUGAACUGGACAAGGUGCUUUCCCUGAAACCAGAGGAGAAAGGGCCGCUAUCCAUACUAGGGUUUGCUGAGGAGAAUAAUGUGGUGUUUCUGUGGACAAGAAUCGGCGUCUUCAUGAUCAAUCUUGAGACUUUGGAGUUCAAGAACCUUUACAAAACCAUGGUCUUUUCUCACUAUCAUCCAUUCGAAAGUGUCUACCCUGCAGGAACAUGUCUUAAUGCUGGGCACGAUGGGGCUGAGCUUCUGCUCAAUGCUUAAGAUGAUUGUCUGGUUUGAUAUUCUAUUUGAUCUACUGGUUGAGCAGGAUUUGGUGGCUGAAAUGCAAGGUGGCUUGUUGCCUUGUUGGGUGUAGGUUCUUCUGCUUUAUGUUUUGAGAGAGAGAUUGACCCUCUAUGUAGCGUGCAUUUGUCAGCUAUGAAGUGAAUCUCCAGGAAUUAAUCGCCUAUUUGAUAACUCUAAUGUAUUAUUAUCUGGUUACCGUGGAAGUUUGUCAACUGGCAUGAAGGCCAAGUCAUGAUAAGUCCUAUGUAUUAUCUGAUUACCAUAGACAUUUGUCAGCUGUCAUGAAGGUUGAAGGCACACUGACUUGCUCCUAUUAAUCAGUGUUAUACUUCUUA